AUGAUGAAGAGGAAGGGAUACGGGACCGGGUCCAGCAAGGUCCGAGGUCAGACCUCGGACAAACGUCUGCCACCAUUCCCCAAGAGACAAUUGCUCAUCCUCGCUCUGUGUCGGAUAUGCGAGCCAAUUGCCUUCAUGUCCAUCUUCCCUUACAUCUACUACAUGGUCAAGGACUUCAACAUCACUGAGGACGAGAACAAAAUCUCGUUCUACGCCGGCAUGGUGACAUCUGCUUUCACCUUCGCCGAGUUCUCGACUGGUGUGAUGUGGGGCAAGCUGAGCGAUAAAAUCGGCCGGAAGCCUGUUCUUCUGACAGGGCUUGCCGGGACCGGCUUGAGCGUGCUGAUGUUCGGGUUUUCCCCGAACCUGCCCGUGGCCCUAUUCGCAAGGGCCCUCGGUGGCCUUCUCAACGGGUAUGUACCCUCCUUAGCAUUCACUGACGACUCGCGCUUCAGGAACAUGGGAGUCUUGCAGACAACAGUCGCCGAGCUGAUCACUGUCAAGGAACACCAGCCACGCGCAUAUACGAUUAUGCCUUUGGUUUGGUGUCUCGGGUCAAUCAUUGGGCCAAUGAUUGGCGGUGCAAUGGCCAAGCCGGUCGAUGCGUUCCCAUCCUUCUUCCUGCCUGGUUCAGUGUGGGAUCGGUUUCCAUAUCUGCUUCCGAACCUGUUCAGUGCCGUCUGCGUUUUCUGCGGAGUUAUCAUUGGCCUUCUUUUCCUGGAGGAGACUCACGCGGAGAAGAAGCACCGGCGCGAUCGUGGAGUCGAGCUGGGAAACCGCCUUCUUUCCUGCAUUCCAUGGACCAACCGCAGCUCGAGCCAGCCGAAGAGCGCCGAGGAGGAAGCCCUGCUUGAACCAGAGGAGCAACUUCCGGGGUACCGAACGACAGAAAACUCACCACGCCUCGUAUCCGUGCCAUCCAGCUCGAACCCUGUGGAGCCGUUGAACUUGGAAGCCACGGAACUGAGGCCUUCUGUUGACCUCGAACGGAAGCUGGCGACCAAGACCUUCACCCGUCCCGUUAUUUUGAACACCGUGUCGUUCGGGAUUCUUGCGUUUCAUACAAUGACCUUCGACCAACUGUUCCCCGUCUUCUUGAGCACAGAUCCCCCUGCGCAUCGGGAGCCGCCCAAGCUGCCGUUCAAGUUCGUCGACGGUUUUGGAUUCGACACACAGUCCAUUGGGGUCAUCCUCGCAGUUCAAGGAGUUUACUCGAUGCUUUCAACGUGCUUCCUGUUUCCUUGGGUCGCUCGGCGCCUCGGGGCUCUCCAACUCUUCAGGCUGCUUGCCGUCUCGUACUUUUUGCUGUACUUGAUGACUCCUUAUCUGGUGCUUCUCCCGCCGCAUUUGCAGAUGGUUGGCAUCUACAUCAUAGUUAUCUGGAAAUGCACGUUUUCGACCCUGGCCUACCCGAGCAACGCCAUCCUCCUGACCAAUUCUGCGCCAUCUCUCUUGUCCCUCGGGACGAUUAAUGGAGUGGCAGCAUCAACGGCCAGCUUGAGCCGCGCCUUUGGUCCCACAAUUUCCGGGUUGCUCUAUUCGCUAGGUUUGCAGGCAGGCUACUCGGGCCUUGCGUGGUGGACAGCCGGCCUCGUGACGAUCGGAGGCGCUUUUAUCAGCUUCCAGCUUACCGAACCCAGAGGAAGGCUAGACGAGAAGACCGAUGAUAUCGAGUCGAGUAUUGCCGGCACCGAGACCCCUUCGACUUUUUCGCCGGAGCAAGACGAGUCAGGAAGACGAUAAUAGAGCCGAGCUGUUUCAACGGACGAUCUUUGACGACGGUUACACAAUAAGGGAAUAAAUAAAACAAAAAUGGAAACAACAGAAAAAAAAUGCUUAGGAGAGACGGGCAUUUUCUCCUUGGGUUGCGUUACCUCCGGGCUAUACACGCAUUUGGGACUUGGGUUUGCGCGGGUCAACAUCACCACAUCAUGACGGAUAGACCAAGGGUUUCUUGAGCGGAGCUACACUGACGAUGCAUAGCCGACGCAGUGCAGUGCAGCAGGCCGCUAUGAGUUGGGCCUUU